AUGGUAUUCUUGUACCAUAAGUCCAUUCAGGUCCUGUUAGACAAGCUAUUGAUUGGUGGCAGAUGGAAAAAGCAGCCCAAGCUCACAGAUGAGCUGCUCACUCUUGUUGAGAGUAAUAUGAAGUGGAUGGUAGCUUUUGGCUUUGACAAGUCAUCUGCUAGCAGCAGGCUCACUAUCAUUGAGUGCUGUGCCCAGAUUGCCCAAGCCCUGUUCAUUACAGACAAACCUGGCACACCAUUUGGACCAUCAGAUCUAAAGAAGCUGACAGAAGCUGUGAAAAAUUGUAUUUCAAGCCUCUGCACAACUUACAAUGACUACCACAAGCAGCUUGGUGAGACUGGGCAUGGUCUCAUUGUUUCAGACCAUGAACAUGAAAUUACACCUGGGUCUGAGAUCGCAAAUGUUUAUGAUCUCAUUAAAGCAAAGUUUCCAUGGUAUCAACAGAUGCAUGAGCUUUCAGGCACUAGCCCCAUAGCUAGUCAUGUAGCCAUAUCCAACAGUACUUCAUCUCUUGACCUCUCUGUUCUUGACAGACUCAAGAAUGACACUGAUGUCUUUGACAAAGGUGGAGACAUCACUGAGAGUGCUCCCCAUGACUUGUCACCAUUGAACAACUCCCAUCUUGGGUCUCCUGGGUUUGAUAUUGAAUGA